AUGAUGAUCACAAACUGGCGGGCUAAUGUAGAUUUGCAAGUCAUUGUAGAUGAGAAAGCUUGUGCAAGAUACAUGGCCAAGUAUGCUGCGAAAGGAGAACCCCGAUCGAAAUCAGCGUCAGAAAUACUAAAAUUGUCUGUGUCCUCAUUACAGAAUGAUGAUCAAGUCUCUUCAGCCUUCAAGAAAGCAAUGAUCCAAGUUGCUGGGGAUAGAGAUAUGGCAGCACAAGAAACUGCGCACAUGCUACUUAGUCUACCACUGAUUGGCUGCACAUUUAGUUUUGUUACUAUUUCUUUAGAUAACAGCAGGAAGGUUAAUAUUGAUGCAGAAAAUGAAGGCGAUGAGGUACUUCAAAAAUCUGCGCUACAAGAAUAUAUGCAGAACGUACAAAAUUGAAGAGUAGGUAUACAGGCUUGUCUCAGCUAAAUCUGAUGCAAUAUGUGUCACAGUACACCAAAGUCAGAGGUGAGUUGACAAAACAAGCGAAUCCAUACAUUGUCAGGACAUUUCCAAAGAUUUCCGCUAAUCCUGCUGGUCCUGAUUUUGGAAAAUACUGCAAAUAUCAACUAAUGAAGUUUAAACCAUGGGAGGGUCAACCAUCAAGUGCUCGGAACAACGAGGAUGAAAGUGAUCAAAUGUUUAUUAAUGCAUAUGAAUUUUUUCUUAUGACAGAUGAAUUUGCGGAAGAAAAUGUGUUUAGGUUAAGGUGCUUAGGAGAAAGAGUUCAUGAUGCGCAAUGUGGUCAAACCUUUGAAAACGAUCCAAGUGACAAUCAAGAUGAUGACAACGAAAGUGAAGUUGACCCUGAUGAGGAGGAAAUCGAUGAUUGGAUAUUGUUAUGGGCAAUUUCACGUUGCGGACAUUACAUUCACAGAAAAACAAUUAAUACAAAACAUGCUCUGUUUCCUGUUUGCAACAGUUUCAGAUCUGGGAACUUUGUCAUAGAAAACCUUAAGGGGACCUCUUAA